UCUUCAAGAUUUGCGAAUUGCGAGAAGCCAAAAACCCGGCUAGAGCAGGCAAGCAAAUGUUUUCUACAAAAAUUACAUGUGCAAGAAAGAGAUAGAUGGUCAGGUAAAUUCGUGACUCAGGAGAGCGAAUGAGAGACAAUUAUUUGCAAGAAAAGAAUAGAAAUAUGCAUUUUGUAUGACUGGCGGCUCCAUCUACAUCGCGAAUACAGAAAGAUUCCGACGUACGAAUAACGAAGUUGGUACGACACAGCGACAGUUGUGUUACAGCAAAUAGCAAUGUGUUAAUUCUUUUAUUCGUUGUAAUAUUUGGGCCAUAUUUGCAAGAUUAUUAACAUUUAUGGGUACGCUAUUGUUUUAUGUGCGACAAAAUUAACUAUUGAAGGAAAAGUGUGCAUUGUGUGAUAUUCAAACGGCACCUCACGGCUAGGUGAUGGAUGGCAACUCAGAAGUAAACAUGGAUACAGAUGUGUCCUCCACCACAGGGGAUGUCCCAGAGAUACGGGAGACCAACAUGGAGAGCAGCAGUCAAGUGGAAACUGUCAUUGUUGUAGAAGAGCUGGAUGAAGGGACAGAAAAAGAAAUGUCUUCUGCCCUCGCCAAGGAGGCAUCUCAGUCUGCGUCAGAUAAUGAGGUUGAGUCAUGUUCCAGGACUCCUCCCAAUGAUGAGGUUUCUACAAACGGUGAUAAUGCUGCUGAGAAAUCUUCAGCUGAGACUUUUGAUUCCACGGAAUCAAAAGUCUCCCCUGUGACAGAGGAAGUAGCGCAAACCCUAUCAGAGCCAAUCCAACCAAAAAAUGUUCAAGAGCAGGUGACCACUACCAAGUCUUCACCUGUUAAGAACACUUCUCCGAUGAAGACCGUUGAAUGUACCACUAAGCCAUCCCCAGUUAAGACUGUUGAAUGUGAAAAAACGGUGGACUCGUCUGAUAAUACUAGCAUGGUCAAUUCUGUCACAAAAGAAGAUGGAAAACCAGAUAUACCUGAAAUUGCAAUUGAGAAAAAGUCACCAAUAAAAAAGUUAGAAAUGGAGGAAAUACAGACUACAUACAUUGAAAUAUCUAAAGCUAGCAAUGAUACCAGUUCCAAGAAGGAGGAAGUAUCUGUUGAUAUUUGUGAGCAGUCAAACGACUCUCAAGUUGAUUCGGUUUCUGAUGUGUCUGAAAAAGAGCACAAUAAAAGCAUAAGCAGAGAACUCAAGUCACUAAUGAAGUCUGCAAAGGAAUCAAAAAUCAUUAACGAAUGUACUCAGCUCACAUCAAAGACUAGGAAAUCUAGAGCCGGUCUGGAAACCUCCUCAGCUAGCCCGAGUGUCGAUUCAGACAAAGUACAAGGGCGACGUAAUAGUACUAAUUCCCAGAUUAGCAACUCCAGUGAGCAAUCUGAGAAGACACCAUUGAAGCGCUCCAUGAGAUCACAAAAUCCAGAAUUUGUGCACAAGGUAAAACAAUUUCUUAAUUCUGUUACUGGGAAACAUCAGAGGAGUGAAUCUGAUGAUGAGGAUUCCGAGGAUGUUAAGAAGAAGACUGAACCACCAUCACCUAAAAAGAAAAAACAGGUUGAUCAGGUGGAAGUGCCUGAAGUCAUGGAAGGAAAACCCACCUUUGACCUGUACUGCUGGCGGUGUCACUGGCAAGUGGAGAUGGCUCCCAACGAGAAAGGUCAUCCACCGAUGUACUGUACUGUCUGUCCCCGCUCCUUUCACUACAAGUGCCUCACCACGUCUGAGAGGAACAAAAUUGCUCAAGACAAGAGUUGGGUGUGCCCAGAAUGUAUGACUAUACUUCAAGCAGAGACUUCAGAGACUAGGUCACCUGCAAUGAAAAAAAUAACAGUUGGUGAAUUGCGUGAGCUGCUGCAGCAUGCCCUGCAAGGAAUGAUGCAGCUAAAAGGGGUGGAACCCUUUAUGGGUCCCGUCGACCGCGCCGCGUUUCCGGACUACGACAAGUAUGUGGUCAAUCCCAUGGACUUGACCAUAAUCAAGGACAACGUGGCCGCCGGCGCGUACGGGAGCACGGAGGCGUUCAUUGCGGACGUCCAGUGGAUAUUGCACAAUAGCAUUAUAUUCAACACAUGUAAGAAUAAUGCGUUACAUGCAUUUAGCACAUGUAAGAAAUUAGUACAAUCGAAGCUGACGGCGGGCGCGCGGGCGUUAAUACGCACGUGCCGCGCGGAGAUGGGCGAGAUCGAGGCGUGCCCGGAGUGCUACGCCGGCGCGCACGCCCGCAGGCCCACGUGGUUCGUCGACGUGUGCUCCACGCCGCACAUACUGCUGUGGGCCAAGCUCAAAGGAUUUCCGUACUGGCCGGCGAAAGGCAUGUCCGUCAACAAUGCGGGAAUGGUCGAUGUGCGUUUCUUCGGCGCGCACGACCGAGCCUGGGUGCCGGCUAAAGACUGCUUCUUGUACUCCGAGAAAGAUCCCAAUAGCUUCAAAGCGAAACGUCAAGAUAUUAUCGAUAGUAUGCAGGAAGCAGAGGACCACAUAAGAAAUAUCUCGCGGAAGUACGGCAAGUUUGUGUAUCCGCCGUUUAAAACGCCGUUCGAGCCGACCACGCUCAAUGAACAUUUGAAGGCUAUGAUACCGUCCUUUGAGGGCGAGUUAAAAACCAACUAUAAGGAGAAAGCUAACACAAGCGUAACAAUAACACCUAAGCAAAAAAGAAGAUCUGUUUCUAAAAGUUCCAAGAGCUCAAAUAAUGAUGGUGAAAUGAGCGACAGCGAGUACAAUCAAACUACAAAAUCGCGUAAAAUGGCCGAUGGAGCCGAAAUAGCCAAGGAAGAGGAAGAUUCUGCAUCGGAAAAGGACAACACAAUGGAGGUGGACACUCCGAAAAAUAAAGAAGAGUCCAGAAAACGUCGAAGAUCCGCUCUCGAGGAAGCCGUUAUUACAGUUAUGGACACCAGUGCAAAUAGCAAAAAGAAACGAGUCGCAAAUGAAGGCCAAAAAGAUAACCAAAAUGACAACCUCAACACAUCAGUAAACACUAGCAAGAACGACAAUAAAGAUAACAGAAAAGAGGCUAAAGCAAAGAAAACGGAAACCACAACGAGCAGUAAAGAAGCAAGUGAACCUCAAAGUUCGACUGAUAAAGACGAUAAGGUAGCUGAAAACAAAACACCGGCUAAAACUGUGAUGAAAGUUAGAACAAAUAAGACUAGUACACCUAAAGAGAAGGACGAUAAACCCGCCACGCCCAAACAGAAGAUUGUAGUGGAAAAACCCGGCACGCCAGACAGUGCCAAAGUUUUGAGGAUAAGAAUCGAUAGAGAUAAGUCUAAAAAUUCUCCCAACAGUAGCCAAACUGGCGAAAAGAGAGUAGACAGAAAAAAUAGUGACAAGAUAGAUGCACAAACACCAAAGGAUAAGAGCAGCGCGAGUAAAAACAAGGAAACGGAACAAAACAAGCCAAACCAUGAAAAGGCAAAAGAUGAUGCGAAAGCGUCGAAAAAGGUAAGACGCGACCUGACGAUCACGUCAGUGUCGUCGAGUCCGAAAAAUAACGGACUACCCACCAUAAGUAGCGUUCGAAGUCUAUCGACAGUAUCGAAUACGUCAAACACGGCAACUCCUACGACAACCAAUCCAAAAACCAUUGAGAUCACAAUAGAACCUGGAGCCAAUUCUAGUAUAUUCACCCCAACUAGCACAGACAGCGUGAAGAAUAUGAAGGAGGCGGUGAACAAGUUGGAGCAAUUGAGGAACGAAAAACAACCGGGUUUCGGCCGGGUGGGCGUACGAGCGUUCGCGCGGAUGACGUCACCAGAGAAACCUAAGGACGUCGAAGUCGAAAUCAAGACUGAACCCAUGGACUUCGACGAUGCGGACAGACAUUCCGAGAAGAUGGAUCUGAUGAACGUGUUCCGAUUGCGACCGGUGAAUCCCGCCCAGAAGUUGAGAGAGGUUAGGAUUAAUAAACAAUCGGCACCAGCUAAAGUGGUGAAGCCGCCCGAGCCCAAGCCGAAAGCGCGGAAGACUUUCCCCCAGCCGAAGAAGCCGGAUGAGGUUCGCUCGGAGCUGAACGGCAAGAACUCCAUGGUGUACAUCCCCAUACAGCCGCCAACCACGCAGGCGCCCGUCAGACAAGUGAGGCCCGUCGCGGUCAACUCUAGCGCGCCAGCUUUGCGCCCGCCCAUGCCGACUGCUACGUCUACUGCGACGAACACAGUUGUUCCCCCAAUGGCGCCGGUGGUGACGUCAUCCGCCACGAAUCCCACGCCCUCUCCAGUCGUGGCGUCAAAGAGCAACAUGCCAGUGGGUCAGCUGCCCACCGUGCAUACUGUUCCUUACAUAACUUCACUCAAUGGACAGUGCUACUUCAGCCUGCAACCGAUCAUGUCGGUGGGAGGAGUCGAUAACCCGUCAAGUGCGGUGGUAGGGGAAGUCCCUGUGCCGAGCGUUGCGCCGCCGAUGCCAGUGCUGCAGCCGUCCGUACCGCCGGCGACGAACGCGCCGCCCGUACUCAACGGCACAGUUGAGCCUGAUAAGUUACCCGAGCAGUCAUCAGAGUUGCCCCGCCUGCAGCAGCGGCCGGGAUACGUGAACCCGCUGGAUGCGAACGCGCCCACCACCGUGCCCACGCCCUCCCUCGCCGGACCCAUCACCACCAAGUUGAACCAGCACGCCACCAAGAUGACGAAUUUGUUCAGAACGCUCCUAGAGGAGACGAUAGAGAAGUGGGACGAUCCCACGGCGCAGCUCACCGCGGUCAAGAUGCAGCUCGAGACCCUCAAGUGGAGGAGCCAGCAGGAGGCUAAAGAGAUGAAGCAUAACUUUGAUUUAACAGUUUCGGAGAUGCGAGGCGCGUUCGAGAAGGAGAAGGCGCGCGCGGUGGCAGAGGCGUGGCGGUCCGCGCAGAUGGAGAUGGAGGCCGCGCUCAAGGCCGCCAAGUCCAAACAAUGGUGCGCGAACUGCAUGCAGGAGGCCCAAUUCUACUGCUGUUGGAACACGUCGUACUGCGACUACCCGUGCCAGCGCACGCACUGGCCGCAGCACCACGCCGUGUGCACGCAGGACCGGACACAGGAAAACAAUAGCAGUAACUCAAAUACACUAGAUAAAAGAGUGUCGGCACCAGAAAAUAUACCCGCGUUACAGAGGAACACUCCCGCGCCGACGCUGACGGUGGGCGGGAAGGUGGUUCGGGUGCAGGGCAAGGACCAGCCCGGACCGCUCUCCGCCAAGUCAUCCAUCAUAGUGAGCAUGAUGGACGAGAAGAACGGUAUACCGGGGAUGAAGACGUGUGUGGGCACGUACAAAGCCGGCGCGACGCAGGUGCCCCCGCUCAUACUCAACAACCAGAUGAACAACGAGGAAGGCGCGCAGAAAAAGGUGAUGACGUCGGGCGGCUACCUCAUAGUAGGGUCGGGCAACAACGCGCCGCUAGUCACGCCGCGCCGCACACAGACCAUACAGUACUUUCAAUAGCUAGCGCCUGCGGUCGUCAAGGCUGCUGACAUUAAAACAGAGUGAAAUAGUGCGUGAGUGCGUCGAGAUCGAAUUCUGCCUGCUGCAAGCUUAGCAUGAACACAAAAUGCGAUAGGAAACACUGACAGAUAGGAUCAAAAUUAUAGAUCUCCUUUGUUUAUCUCAUAAUACUUUGUGUAUUAUUAAAAAAAAUAAACCAUAUCUAUGGCCAUGCUAAACGUUCUGAAUAAAGCAGCUUAAACCUAGUCGUUUGACGUGACUUAUAAUGGAUAAUACUUGCAAAUAGAGUUGUGUGCUGCAAGGAUUGCAUUAGCACUAUUUUGCACCCACCAAUGGGUUUUUAAGGCGAGGAUAAACCCCAAUUUGUUAUUCCGUGGCUCCCGG